CCGAGUUUGGAGCGGGUACUGUGAAAUGUGUAAGCAUGAUGUUGCCUGGAUAACCAGCGGAGGACUUUAGGAAACGGAGAGCUACACCCGGCUGAAGGUGAGAGAAGAAGGCAGGACAGCCACACCUCAUGCGUGGGUUCAGCAAAGGCCCGAGUGGACACUGCUCUGACAAACAUGGGUGUUCUCCAGCUCAACAACCCCACUCACUCAGGCACGCUCCUGCAGCGGGCCAAUCAGAUGCGCCUGACCGGCACCUUGUGUGACGUAAUCAUCACUGUGGACGGCCAGGAGUUUCCGGCGCACCGCACCGUCCUGGCUUGCACCAGUAAGAUGUUUGAGAUCCUUUUCCACCGGAGCAGCCUGCGCUAUGCCCUAGACUUCCUCUCUCCUAAGACCUUUCAGCAGAUCCUCGAGUACGCCUAUACCGCCUCCCUCCAGGCCACCGCCGAGGACCUGGACGAUCUACUAUACGCCGCAGAGAUCUUGGAGAUAGAGUACCUGGAAGAGCAGUGCCUGAAGGUGCUCGAGACCAUCCAAGCGGAGGAAACCGAAGAGGUGGCAUUGAGGAAUCACAGCUCUGGAGAUCAUGGCGAUCACGGUCGGGCCAGGCACUGGAGGCAUAUGUUGAUGACCAAGAAGCAUUCCUUACAGGAUGGAGCAAAGUGCGGCACUCCCACUGCCCUCCACCACUUGGCUCUGUACCACAUGGCGGAGAGAACGUCGCCGGGUCCAGAGUGUGAUGCAGCUCCUCAACGGAGUCCCAAACCAGACGCUGAGGUCAACAUGGAAAGCUCCCAGCAGGUUCGCGACAACUCGCCCCUGGAUCCUGCCAGAAGUAUCAAAUCAGAGUGUAUGCAGGUGGAUGACAACGAAACCUGUGAGGGCAAGUCAUCCAGCACAGGGGAGGCGACCAGCACGUCUGAGCAGCCGAGAGACGAGGGCCCGGGGACGCCUCUCAGAGGCAGCGUGAUCACCAGCGCCCGAGAGCUCAACACGGGCUCCGAAGACGGGGCACAAGCAGCGACAAACGCUCUUGACGGUUUCCCCGGGAUCGCGGACAAACACCUUGCCUCCAUUUACUCCGUGGCCUCCAACCACACGGGAGAGGGGCUGCCGGUGUCCGUUUCAGUGGCGCCGUCUCUGGGCGUCCCGCUGGAUCCAAGGGCCUACGGCGGCCUGCUGCACCACGGCUUACUGCACAGAGAGCUGCUGAGCAGACUGGGCCAGUUUGCAGCAGGAAUGAGACACGAGGGCCAAAGUCAAGGCCAGCAGUGCUGUGGUGAAUGUGGCCUCCAGCUGCAUAGCAGACAGGCUGUGGAGCAGCACAGGAGGCUUCAUAAUGAGGAGAAGGGCAACAGCUGUGAAUACUGUGGCAAACACUUCCAGGACAACAUGCGGCUCAGGAUGCACAUGCUGUCUCACGCAGCUCCUGCUGAAGCGUUGGUGUGCGAUCAGUGCGGAGCAACGUUCUCCUCAGAGGACGCUCUGGAGGCCCACAGGCAAACACACACAGGGACUGACAUGGCGGUGUUCUGUCUGCUGUGUGCGAAGCGCUUCCAGACCCAGAAGGCCCUGCAGCAGCACAUGGAGGUCCACGCAGGGAUGCACAGCUACAUCUGCAGCCACUGUGAGCGCCCCUUCCCCAGCCACACCACCCUCAAAAGACACUUGCGCUCCCACACGGGCGAUCACCCGUUUGAGUGUGAAUUCUGCGGGAGCUGCUUCAGAGACGACGGCACGCUCAGGGGCCACAAACGCAUCCAUACCGGGGAGAAGCCCUACGAGUGCAAUGGCUGCGGCAAGAGAUUCAGCCUGAAACACCAGCUGGAGACGCACUACCGGGUUCACACAGGUGAGAAGCCAUUUGAGUGUAAGCUUUGCCACCAGCGCUCCAGAGACUAUUCGGCCAUGAUCAAACACCUGCGUACGCACAACGGAGCCUCUCCGUACCAGUGCACCAUCUGCCAGGACUUCUGCCCCAGCCUGGCCGCCAUGCAGAAGCACAUGAAGGGCCACAAGCCUGAGGACGUGCCGACCGACUGGAGGAUAGAGAAGACGUACCUGUACGUCUGCUACGUCUGAGCAGGACUCGGACGCAAAAAACCGUCACGACUGGGUGAAAACUGGGGCUGCUGGUUUUAAUGCUGAACCAUUAAAAAGUAUUCUGCUGUUGUAGGACAAAGUGUCCCUUAGAGAAAGAAAGAAAGAACGAAGGAAAGAAGGGGGGGGGAGGUUAUUUUGGGGAGGUGGAGGGCGUUUUGUAACCCGACGGCGAGACGUGCAAAGCAGGAUUACAGAAGUGUUUACAGAGUAAAGCUGCAGCUAAUGAUUACUUUUAUUAGCAAUCGAAUUAUUCCGAAUAUGAAGAAUGCUGUAGAGACAACUUGGCAACGACAUUCUAAAAUAAAUGAGUCAAAUCCAAAGAGAUUUACUUAGUCUUUCUCUAAAUCUCAAACUCUGACAUUUCAAGGAGCGGGGAGUGCGUCUGUCCUUGUAACAGUUAAAGAAAUUAAUUAGAAAAGCUGCUGACAGAUUCCUGAUGAUUUAACUGUUCGAGUCCUCACACACAAAAACACACGUCUCCCCCGCGCGAGCAGUUUAGAUAUCAUCGCCCGAGAAUCUAUUAUGGUGAAAAACAUCAACGCCACAGUGACUGACUGCUGACCUGCGUGUGCAGCGGCAGGAUUUGAGCGACUGUCAUCUUCAGUUGCGCCGCAGAUGUUAAAAAUAUACCCUUAAAAGCUCCAUUUGCUCAACUUCGCAACUUCUCUCUCCUAAUUUUCUCUGACUUAGCUACGGUUCCCUGCUGGGUUUUCAGUUUGUUUUUUCUGCAUGUUUUUUUUUUCUUUACUUGAACGGCUGACCUCAUGAGCUUGAUCUCUUUAAUUGCCUUGUCUUCUCAUGCAGUCAGCGUUGAUUUGGAGGCGACUCGCUCGCAAAUCGGAGUUGCUUCCGUGAAAGGUUUUUGCUAUUUAUAUGUUGUUUAUGUGUCACCAAAUACAUGUGCUGGUUUUCAUCUCGUAGUCUGUGUUUGUAGGGAGGUUUCCUCGUAGAGCAAACUACCUCCUCACUAGAGACGCACCGAGAGACUGGCACCGGGCGAAUUUCAGCUGGAUUGGCCCUGAUCAGUGAUGGUCCGAAUACAGUUGAACUAUCUUCAGGACGCGUUGCUAUAGCAGCACCAAUCUUCACAGUAGAUGCUGUUAUGAAGGGAAGAAGCCUUGUAGUUAGCCAUUUCCAGCGUCCUGACUAAGAAUAAAGUCAGGAGAGAUGGAAGAAGCUACUUAAAAGGAAACUAACAAUUUGCUGCAACAAAGUGAGAGCAAGACCUGAAGCAGAUAAUAGUAAGGCUGAACAGAGAACAGCAAAUCAUUUUAUUUUUGCAUUUUCUGUUUUGAGUAUCCAUCCUUGUAAAGUAGUGAGUCACAAAUCUAUAAAACAUACUUUUUAAUAUACACACAUUUUUUACGUGUACAACUGGCACAAAACAUUUUUUGUCAAUUUCUCUUGGGGCCUCCAGACCAGCAGGGGUCCCCGUGGCAAUUGAAUUACAGAACAAAAAUCCUCUUAUUUUGUUUCUCAACCAUUGGGUUGCAAAUCAGCCAUAAAUUUCUUUGUUAUCUUCUAAGUUGGAAACUUUACAUUGUAUGAAUGUAGCCGAUGAUAAAUGCAAACAUUUUGUUUCAUCACAGCUAUCCCUGUAGUACUUGUGAGUAAAAAACUAAAAAUACACCUGAGUAUAUUAUACACAUUCCAAGAAUAUGGUUUCAAUAGACUUGGAAAGUUUGCUCAAUAUUCCAGGGUCAAGGGAAUAAUUGCAGCACCCGAUGGAGAACUGCAGAGUGGAUGUCGGGGCCAUGGCUUUGGUUCCCCUGUAGUUCUACUAUGUGCACUGAAUUGGUAAAUAGCACAGAUACACCAAAAUUUACUCACAAUUUUUUAAACAUCAAAAUAAGGCUAAAAUACAUUUUCCCCCAACUAUUUUUACAUUUUCUUUCAAAAGGUCGAGCUUUUGUAUUUUGAGUUUCAGAAUUAUUUAUGUCCGCUCCUAUAAAAAUUUAAAUUAAAAAUUGCAUGGAAAUUUUCCAAAUAAGAACAUUUGUGGAAUAUUGCUACCCUGCUCUCACACACACACACACACACACACACACACACACACACAGCAGAAGUCCCCUUUGCUCCUAAUAUUUGAAACAAUACAUGACCUUGCCUGGCUAAAAGAAAUUUGAGAAUAUUAUUCUUAUUCCGUCUUAAGUUUUGAAAGAGAAAUUAAAAAUCAGUCAAACUCUGCAUCAGGAGACAAAGCCUUACAAAAAAAAAAAAGACAAAAUUGGGUUACUGGUGGCACAAUUCCAAUCGGUGCGUCUCUAUCGCUUACUGGUUUUUAAUUUUCACUGCAAAUUAUUUUUCAGCAAGAUUCAUUUAACAAAAAAAAACCUAUUUCCAUGGUCAAACAGUGUGUGAAAAAACGUGACAAGCCUCUGCAAGGCUUUUAAGUGUUUAUUUUUUAAACCAUCGCUUCUAUAUAGAUGUCUUAUAAAAAUCACAGAAUCAGAAUUUUCUAUUAGAAAAGAAAAAAAAACAAAACAUGAAGAUAAGUUGUGUUUUUAUAAAACGUGAGCAGAAAAUUCUGACAUCCAGCUCCCAUGCGGUGCAGGUUGUGGUUGGUUGUAGUGUAGCUGUAAACGUACUGUCAUGGUAUGUGAUUCCCCUGUGUGAGCCCGAGCAGGCUUUUUAGAUCUGAACAUGUCGUAUUUUUUGUAUUUCGGUAAUUUGCUAUUUGUUUACAUUCGGUAUGAUUUGAGAGACAUCCUAAUGUUUGUGUGUGUGUUUUGUUUUUGUAUGAGUUUGAUUAAGACCCCUCCCUCGUGCCUCUUUUAUAAGUAGAGCAUAAAUGUGCUUGAGUACAUGGGUCUGUGCUGUCGGUAGGUGUUUUCUGGGUGUUUGUUUAUUGUUACUAAAACUAAAGAUAGACUGCCAUGUAGAUCCACUUUGUCUGAACAUUGCAAAUGGAAGCAACAUACUGUGAUAGUGGCUGAUAAUCUGAUGCAAGGCCUGAGCAACUAUUUAUGGGGGAAGAAAAGAAAGAAAGAAAGAAAGAAAGAAAGAAAAGUGGCGCGGCUCGUCUGAAAGCGUUCCCUUCAGAGUGACAAUAGACGGACUUCUCUGGACGAUGAGCGAAAUCUUGGCGUCUGCAGGCAUUACCGAUGCCUCUGUAAGUAGCCAACAACACUCAGUGCCAUGAAAACCCACAGUCACUGUAUCUAUUCUACAUGAACAUGCACUAUAAAUGGAUUUCCUCGGUGGACCAAAAGAAAUAGAGCACUUUUGUUUGAAAAGGGUUUUUUUGUUUGUUUUUUUCUUUGAUCUUUGUAUGUUGUGAUAAUGCAGCUGUCUUUUAUUUGAUGUGUCCUAGAAGGAUGUGAUUAGCAUUGUUUAGAUUAUGUCACUGUCUGUCUACCUCAGGACCAGAUCAAAGCUCGAGCUGGUAUCCAAUCAGGGUUGUUCUUCUUGCCAUGUGUGCAGUAAAAAAAAAAAAAAAAAAAGACAAAAAAUGGGGAAAAAAAAAAGUCAGAAAAUUCCCUCUUCAUUACAGCUUUGUAACACAGUGUGUGCAAAUGUUUUCUCAGUGUGGAUUCAGGCACAACUCUGUAUGCGUCAGUGUUCAGUGGCAUGGUUUAAAAAAAGAAUAAAACGAUUUACUAUUUUAUGCA